CCGGAUACCCUACUUUAGUAGGUGUGGCUUGUUCUAAAAUGGCGGGUAGACCAGUACCAGGUUACAUGUCUCCAGGAGGGUACCCUCCUCCCCCACAAUACAUGAACACAAGAUCAGGAAUGAUGAUGAUGCCUGCUCGUCCAACAGGAGGAGCCAUGCUCCAGACCUCAGGGACUGGGGGGGUCAGACUGGGAGGAGGGAUGGUCCACCCCUCAUCACGUGAUACCCUCCGAUUGAAGAGAAUGGCAGACGCAGCAAAACAAGCGAAAUCACAAAUGGGGAAAGUGAAGAAGCGUCGUCUUGGUGAUAAGAUGUUAUCUCAGAAUGUAAGAGACCUUGUGCCAGAGUCUGGUGCUUACAUGGACCUGCUGGAGUUUGAGAGGAAACUGGACACGACCAUAAUGAGGAAGAGACUUGAGAUACAGGAGACACUCAAACGACCCAAUCACAUCAAACAAAAGAGGAAGUUGAGGGUAUUCAUUAGUCAUUCAUUCACCACCGGGAAACCAGCCCCAGAAGAGGAGGCGAGGUCUGUCGGAGAAUGGGAACUCAAAAUUGAAGGAAGAGUCCUUGACGAGCUUGGUCUAAAACCUGAUGUUAAUGUCAAGACAAAGUUCUCCUCAUUCUUUCGUAAUAUUGUGAUUGAGUUGGACAAGGAAGCCUAUGGUCCCGACAAUCACCUCUCAGAGUGGAGCAGGAGCAGUAGCACCAGCGAAGAGAUUGACGGGUUUGUGGUUACCAGACCAGGGGAAGAAAGUGUCAAAAGUACAAUCAUUCUUGUCCUUAAUUAUCAACCCCAGCAGUAUAAGGUGAGCAGUAAGUUAGCUAAACUGUUAGGGAUCCACACAGCAACCAAAGUGGACAUUGUCAAUGGAAUAUGGCAAUACAUUAAGAACAAUCGUCUCCAAGACCCACAAGAGAGAGAGUUCAUUAAUAAUGAUAAAUACUUUCAACAAAUAUUUGAGGUCCCACGGAUGAAAUUUACUGAAAUACCAAAGAGACUGGGGGCACUUUUAUUUGCACCAGAUCCGAUUGUAAUACACCACAUCAUCAAUGCUGAUGCUCCUGAUGGUAGAAGAACUGCUUGUUAUGAUAUUGAUGUUGAUAUUGAUGAUCCUGUUAAAGUCCCAAUGCAUUCGUUUUUAUUAUCAACUUCAAAUCAACAAGAAAUAUUGUCACUGGAUAAUAAAAUUCAUGAUACUGUUGAUCAAAUUAAUUCAAUUAAACUUCAAAGAGAAUUCUAUUUAGGGUUUUCACAGCAACCCCAGAAAUUCAUCAACGAUUGGCUGGCAUCACAGAGUAGAGACCUUAAGAUAAUGACCGAUAAAGUUGGUUCCAUUGAAUCUGAAAGACUGUCCAGUUAUUAUAACAAGUCCUGGCCUAAUGACGCAGUACCCAGAUACUUUUAUGCUAAAAUUGCUCAGCAGAGACAUCAAUUGGAACAAGCCAUGGGUAUACGUCAUUAAUUAAUAAUCAAUUAAUAGUUAAUUAAUAGUUAAUUAACUAGUUAUUGUCACUUUUCAUUUCUUCAACUUUUUCAUUAGUUCUAUUGAUAGUAAUAAUAAUAA